CUUCCUCCAUCUUCCCAAGUGAUUCAUCACAAAAGGCUGCUGGGGCGGUCUUAGAUCUUUUAAUUAUUUAUAUAUAUAUAUUAUGGAAUUUUAUUAGUUUUUGACACAUCACUUUUGUUGCUGGCUCAACAAGCCCCUCCUAUUGGUAAGAUCCCGCUUGCUACGGCCCGCACUUGCAUGUCGACAUGGACGUAGGCAAAACCGUCCCUGUCAACAGUCGUCGUAUAUGAUUAAUUUCACUUCCUAUUGCCAUUCCUGGGCCUUUAGCUUCUGACAUAGGUCAUUACCUGAUGCCAAAUCAAUCCUUUAGGUCUCUCGUUGCUUUUGCCGUCACCCCCUGUUAGUGUAAUAUAUCAUCAUUAAAUUGUCUCAUAUUAAACCUGCGAAAUCCGUUCGGACUCAUUCCAUCUUUCAAUCUUCUUCCUCUCCCUCUUCUCUAAACUCUGACACUGGUGCUUGCUCAUCGGGAUUCUUAAUUAUCUGGGCUCUAUAUGGACGUCUGAGUGCGUGCGCUGGUCUUCAUCUCUUAUCGCAUCGACCAGCCUGUGUCGAUGCGCUGCGCUCAUUGGCUUAAACUGUCGAAUCGAAUCGAUCGAGCACUGUCUUCAAGGAUAUUAGCCACAGCAUGGAAGGGUUUAGUGACGGCUACUAUGAUGCGCAGUAUACAGUACCUGCGUCCGACCAUCGAGUUGAUUAUCCUCCAUCAUCUAGUGAUCACUAUGCUCAGGCGAUGAUGCCCUUCACAGCGCCGGACCAGAUGCACGCAGCUAGUUUUGCCUAUCAACCACAGAUACCAGAUCUAGUUGCUGAUAGUGCGUCGUUCGUCUUCCCGUCGCACACGGCUGGGCUGUCCCUGAAUCUACCGGAGCAUCCCAUGCCCACUGAGAACAUCGGGCACCGAACAUCUAAUGCUAUGUUCCUAUACGAUCCACUUUCUGCACUUGGGGGUUCAGCAGCCACGGCUAUAAAUACAGGCGACCCGUUUGCUUACAAUGCCUUCCAAGCCCCGUUCCCAACCAUGCCGCUAGAAAACUUCCAGGGACAGCAGUCCCUAACUUUCCACAACACUUGCCUACCAUCGCAGCCCAUGAAUCUGAAUCCCUCGGUGGCUUAUUCUACUAUGCAGACACACGGACCCGUUUUGAAUACAUAUCAGGCACCACCCAGCCAUGCAGAACUGACCACUCCUGCACAGCCAACGGGAACGCUUAAAGAACAACCCUCUACUAAUUUCCCCCAGCCCGCAGGGCAGACAUCGCAACGUAGGCGAAAUCGAGGGUUUCAGUCGUCGGGUCCCGCGUCCUCUCAUCGCUUCAUUCAACCUAAAAGGCCACCCCCAGCGAAGGUUCCUUUACCACCUCAUCCCAAGUCGGCAGCUGAUGAGACGUCACAAUAUGCCAGCAUCUAUUCAAGUAGCGGCUUCGAUAUAAUGGGCGUCUUGGCCGAAGUAGUGUCGAGACCAAAUCCUAAAAUCAAUAUCGGCGCGGUUGAUUUGUCGUGCGCGUUUGUACUCUGCGAUAUAACUAAAAAUGAUCACCCGAUCAUCUAUGUCUCUGAAGCAUUUGAACGACUUACCGGCUAUACAGAACAGGAAAUCGUGGGCCAAAACUGCCGGUUUCUUCAAGGGCCAGAGGGCGUUGUCCAAAAAGGCAUGAAACGAACAUUUGUCGAUGACCAAACCACCUCGCGUUUGCGGUCCACAAUCGAGGACCGAACGGAGAUUCAGGCCAGUCUCAUCAACUACCGGAAGGGUGGACAGCCAUUUAUGAACCUGAUAUCAAUGAUUCCCAUUCGCUGGAACUCCCAGGAAUAUCGCUUCUACGUGGGGUUCCAGGUUGAUCUUGUUGAGACACCCGACGCCGUCACGAGGAGAAAUCCGAAUGGUACUUAUACGAUCAACUACCAACGGAACCGGCUGCCAAAUUAUGUCGUACCGCCUCCUGAUAUAUAUCGAUCGCACCCUGAUCUAGUCACUUGGUUCAGGACCGACCAGGUGUCAACCAUCCUAAAGAGUCUCGAUAAUUCAACGUUGACCUAUAGAAGCUACCUGGAUCGCAUACUAGUUGAGAACACAGAUGACUUAAUACAUGCUUUAUCGCUCGAAGGCGAAUUUCUCUACCUGUCCCCGUCUUGCCGAAAAGUACUGGAAUACGAGCCGAUUGAACUUGUGGGCAAGACGCUGUCGACGGUCUGCCAUCCUAGUGAUAUUGGUCCAGUCAUCCGCGACCUACGGGCCUGCACCACCACUGAGCCGGUUAGUGUCGUGUUUAGAAUACGGAGGAAACGCAGCGGAUAUAUUUGGUUUGAGAGUCAUGGUUCGUGGCGCAUGGGAGAACGGGGGCGACAGUUCAUGGUCCUUGUCGGACGGCCUCGUCUCGUGUACUGUCUCGACCAUAUUACGAGCAUAGGACAAGGUAGCUUGGCUGAAACUGAUGUGUGGGUCAAGUUGUCAAAGUCCGGGAUUGUUCUGUUCAUGACCUCUAAGGCGCGCCCGGUGCUGGGCCGUAUGCCUGAUGAGCUGAUUGGCAAAAGUUUGCAAGAUCUGAUGGAUUCGCGGGUGGAGGUACAGAAGGCUCUGAGAGUGGCUCGUACGGGCCAACGGGCCACUUUCAGCCAUAAAAUCCGUCACAAGAAGGGCCAUAUGCUGCCCGCGCAGACCACCCUACACCCGGGAGAUACCAAGGAAGGCAUUAGACCCUCGUUCCUUGUGGCCCAGAUUAGUUUCCCAAAAUCCCCGCAGGGAGGCAAUGAUGAGUCGAAUUCAGCGCCCCCGCCGAACAGAAACUUGCGUGAUUUGAAUAUUCAUCGGCAAUCAGCUUCAGGUGUUUCUGGCAUAGCAGGACAAAACCUAUUGGCUUCCAGUAAACAAGCCAACCCCCAGAUUCAAGAGCUUCCAUUUUUCACAGAGCUGGUGCCAACAAGGGGUUCAAGCUGGCAGGUUGAGCUUCGGGAAUUGGAAAAACAGAACCGAACGCUGUCCGAUGAGCUGCAGAAAUUGCUUACGCGCAGAAAGAAGCGAAAGCGCAAGCAGAGCGCCGCAUCGGUAGAGAAAAGUUGUGCCAUGUGUCAGACCAAAAAAACACCCGAGUGGCGCCGUGGGCCUAGUGGGGAGCGUGACCUUUGCAACAGUUGCGGAUUGCGCUGGGCUAAGCAAGUCCGUAACGCAGCACAGGUGGCAGGAAGGCCCAAUGCGUACUGAAUGAAAAAGAAAGGGAAAGAAAAGA